UGCUCUCCCGGGGUAUUGUGUCAGGAGAUGCAGGCUGGCUACCAUGUGACGCGGUCCAGAGCUGAAGGGAUUGGCCGAGGCAGCGCAGGCGGUGCAGCUCGGCCGGCUUGCUGUUCCUCUCCCUUUCUCUCGCAGCAUCUUCCUGGGAGCCUGUAGGUGAAGCAGCACCAGCAGCAUCCAUGGCCUAUCUUUGGGGUUAACAUUUGUCUCGUUUGGCUUCAGCAGUGGACGGAGCAGACCUCUCGGCAGCAGCGUCGUGAGGACUUAGCUGGGACCUGGAAUCGUAUCCUCCUGUGUUUUUCAGACUCCUUGGAAAUUAAGGAAUGCAAUUCUGCCACCAUGAUGGAAGGAUUGAAAAAACGUACAAGGAAGGCCUUUGGAAUACGGAAGAAAGAAAAGGACACUGAUUCGACAGGUUCACCAGAUAGAGAUGGAAUUGGGAAAAAAAAGACCCAGAAGACUCAGCUUCUCCUCACCUCUUGCUUCUGGCUCAGAGCCCUCUCGUUAACUCUGUCUCAGCAGCCCAGCCCACAUGAACCACCCUACAAUAACAAAGCAGAGUGUGCGCGUGAAGGAGGAAAAAAAGUUUCGAAGAAAAGUAACGGGGCACCAAAUGGAUUUUAUGCAGAAAUUGACUGGGAAAGAUACAACUCCCCUGAGCUGGAUGAAGAAGGCUAUAGCAUCAGACCCGAGGAACCCGGCUCUACCAAAGGAAAGCACUUUUAUUCUUCGAGUGAAUCGGAAGAGGAAGAAGAAUCACACAAGAAAUUUAAUAUCAAGAUUAAGCCAUUACAAUCUAAAGACAUUCUUAAGAGUGCUGUGACCGUGGAUGAGCUGAAGGCAUCGAUAGGCAACAUUGCACUUUCCCCAUCACCAGUGGGUGCAAUUAAAAGGAACUUAUCCAGUGAAGAAGUGGCAAGACCCAGGCGUUCCACACCAACUCCAGAACUUACGAGCAAAAAGCCUCCAGAUGACACUACGGCCCUUGCUCCCCUCUUUGGUCCUCCAUUAGAAUCAGCUUUUGAUGAACAGAAGACAGAAGUUCUUUUAGAUCAGCCUGAGAUAUGGGGUUCAGGCCAACCAAUUAAUCCAAGCAUCGAGUCGCCAAAGUUAACAAGGCCUUUUCCCACUGGAACACCUCCACCACUGCCUCCCAAAAAUGUACCGGCCACCCCGCCCCGAACAGGUUCCCCGCUAACAGUUGCACCAGGAAAUGACCAGUCAGCCACAGAGGUCAAAAUUGAAAAACUACCAUCAAUCAAUGACUUGGACAGCAUUUUUGGCCCAGUGUUGUCCCCCAAGUCUGUUGCUGUUAAUGCUGAAGAAAAGUGGGUCCAUUUUUCUGAUACGUCCCCGGAACAUGUUACUCCAGAGUUGACUCCAAGGGAAAAGGUGGUGUCCCCACCAGCUGCAUCAGACAACCCAUCUGACUCCCCAGCUCCAGGCCCCCCGGGCCCUCCGGGCCCCCCAGGCCCCUCAGGACCCCCUGGUCCUCCUCGCAAUGUACCAUCGCCGCUCAAUUUAGAAGAAGUCCAGAAGAAAAUCGCUGAGCAGACCUUCAUUAAAGAUGAUUACUUAGAAACAAUCUCAUCUCCCAAAGAUUUUGGGUUGGGACAGAGAGCAACCCCACCUCCCCCACCACCACCCACCUACAGGACUGUGGUUUCAUCCCCUGGACCUGGCUCGGGCAGUGGUACGGGGACCACCAGUGGUGCAUCAUCCCCUGCUCGACCAGCCACUCCCUUGGUUCCUUGCAGUAGCACCACCCCUCCACCGCCUCCUCCCCGGCCUCCAUCUCGGCCAAAGCUACCUCCAGGAAAACCUGGAGUUGGAGAUGUGCCCAGACCUUUUAGCCCUCCCAUACAUUCUUCCAGUCCUCCUCCGAUAGCACCCCUUGCCCGAGCUGAAAGUACUUCUUCAAUAUCGUCCACCAAUUCCCUGAGUGCAGCCACCACUCCCACAGUUGUGUCAGAAGAUGAUGUUUUUUAUGACAAACUGCCCUCGUUUGAAAGGCGCUGUGAAACGCUGGCAGGUUCUUCCAGGGGACCCAGCCCCCUGACCAUGGGAGCCCAGGACACCCUCCCUGUUGCAGCAGCAUUUACAGAAACAGUCAAUGCCUACUUCAAAGGAGCAGAUCCAAGCAAAUGUAUCGUGAAGAUUACUGGAGAGAUGGUGUUGUCUUUUCCUGCCGGCAUCACCAGACACUUUGCCAACAAUCCAUCGCCAGCUGCUCUGACUUUUCGGGUGAUAAAUUUCAGCAGGUUAGAACACGUCCUGCCAAAUCCCCAACUUCUCUGCUGCGAUAACACUCAAAAUGAUGCCAAUACCAAGGAAUUCUGGGUAAACAUGCCAAAUUUGAUGACUCACUUAAAGAAAGUGUCGGAACAAAAACCCCAGGCUACGUAUUAUAACGUGGACAUGCUCAAGUAUCAGGUGUCUGCCCAGGGCAUUCAGUCCACACCCCUGAACCUGGCAGUGAACUGGCGGUGUGAGCCAGCAAGCACUGACCUGCGCAUAGAUUACAAAUACAAUACGGAUGCAAUGACAACUGCGGUGGCCCUCAACAACGUGCAGUUCCUGGUCCCCAUAGAUGGAGGGGUAACCAAGCUCCAGGCCGUUCUCCCACCAGCAGUCUGGAAUGCUGAACAACAGAGAAUAUUGUGGAAGAUUCCUGAUAUUUCUCAGAAGUCAGAAAAUGGAGGGGUGGGUUCUUUAUUGGCAAGAUUUCAGUUAUCUGAAGGCCCAAGCAAACCUUCCCCAUUGGUUGUGCAGUUUACAAGUGAAGGAAGCACCCUUUCUGGUUGUGACAUUGAACUUGUUGGAGCAGGGUAUCGGUUUUCACUUAUCAAGAAAAGAUUUGCUGCAGGAAAAUACUUGGCAGAUAACUAAUAAAAUCAUAUGCAAGGAUUUGGAGGAUUCAUAUAAUGGAGAACUGUUGUAUGAGAAACAGGUUUUAAUUUUGGUUUGAUGAAAACAAACCAAAAUCUGCACUCGGGAUAUAUCUGCUGGAAAUGUCAGUGACUUUCAGCAAUGAUUUCCCUCACACAAUACCAUGGUGACCAGUCUUACAGUAUUUACUUCUAGGUGUAAUAUUGUUAAUGGUUUUAAAAUGUAAUUAUUGUAUUUGUAAAUUGUACUCAUUCCAGUAAGGCAGUUAGACACUUGAGUUUUAGCAUUUUACCAUUCCUGAAAUGGAUGUAAUUUCAACUGUGGUAUGUAAAUUUAAUAGUAGUACUGUUGAAUGGCACAAUGCUUACAGAGGUAGAUUGCAUUUUGUCAAUAUAUAAAAUUUAAAUAUAAUAUUGAUAGCUGUCAUAAAGGGGGUGCCACAUACAAAGAAAAUUAAGUGGAACCAGGAAAAAAAAACACUUCCUUUUCUUCAAUCCUUAGUAUGUUUUAUUCUAGUGCUAAAUAAAAAUUCUAUCUUCAAAUAUUUAGUGGGUUAAAUUCAGAAACUAUUUCAGAAAAAAAAAUUCUAAAGUUACAGCAUAUUCAAGAAAAGCAUUAAUUACCACUUUUUAAAAAGCUUUUUUUUCAAACUGCAAAUUUCAUAAAAAUGCAAACUGUGUAAACAGGACCUCUUAUUUUUAUAACUUGUGUAAAAAGGGAAAGCAAUUCAUAUUUAAAGUUUAAGUAUAUGAAAUUCUAACCAAGAGUAGAGAAGAUGUUCAAGUCUUAACCUUGCCCCCCUCUCUACAGUUUAGCAAAUGUGGAGAUUUGCUGAAUAAUAUCAGACUAAAGCCAAAAUUGUGAUUUUAAAAUUUCAAAACUUUCCGUAGGUGAACUGGUUAACAGCUUUUGCACAAUUACUCUGAACAGAGUCUCUCCCAUCUAGCAUGGAGAAUGGUCACAUAUCUUUCUCUUUACCUACAGGAAUCAAAACACUAAGAUUGAAAUCUCAGAAAAAAAAAAAUUUAGUUCCCUAUUUAAGUCCAGAAGGAAAAUUUUAAUCAUCAUCAUUUAUAUCAUUUGGGAAGGAAAAAAAAAAAAGCUUUAUAAAUGAGAUUAUGAGAUUCUAUCCACAUUGUACAAUAAAUUUCCUUUUGGCUAAGAUUCAUCGUAUGUAACUAUAAAUCGUUGCCACUCUUAGGGAACCAGGAAGAGAGUUAUCAAAAAUUUAUGUCAUGAUUUCAUUGUUGCAAGGUGUGAUUAAAACUGUAAUUACUCAGUCUGGCCUCACACUGGGGGGAUUCAGAAUGGAGAAGCACUUCUUCAGGGGUGGGUCACAGUUGUAAAACCUCCCUCCUCUACCAUCUGAAAAUAUAAAACUCCCUUUAAGUCAUAGAGCUUUCUUUAAACAUGAACCAAUUCUUAUUCUAAGUUACACUGUUAAAUAACUGUAAUUAUUAAGCUGCUAUGUUUAUCAUUAGUUGAUUAAGUUUUACAUUCACUUAUAUUUGACAAAGAAUCGUUAGCCCUUUAAAUUUUAGAAUCAAAUUAAAUUUUGUAAGUCUUACUUUUAAAAAGAGAUUGUGACUGGCAAUUGUUUAUAGUGGAACUUUUUAAAUUAAUAUUUGUACUUCUCAAUCAGUGCUUGCUACCAAGAGAAUGUUCAAAAAGGUCUGUUUCCCCUCAGAAGAAUUCCUACUAUCCAAACACUCUCAGUUGGCUCCCCAAAUAGUCUGGUAUUGAAGUUUUUUGAACAAAUUAUUAAUAUACUCAUUUUAAGUAAAGAUAGUCAAUUUGAUUUUGAAACCAAAAUAGAAAAUGCAAACUUUUCACUCCCAUAAAACAUAGGGAAAACUUCAAACACUGAAACCAAUGGAGAAUAAGCAGAUAGUUGUAGGUAAGAUAAUUGAGAAUUAUCCAACAUACAAAUAUAAAAAUGCGUUUUUAAGUAAUUCAUGAGAAAACAUAUUGAAUAUUAUGAGUACAAAGCAUAUUAAAAAUGUGUAAAUAUUACUGGUUCUUAUGUCUUGCUCUUUAUAUUUUAUUUUAUAUAGUUCUAGCGUGAAUUAGUAAUUAAGCACAAGGGUUUUCUUUCAGAGUAAUUUUGUUGAUAUUGUAAAAAAUAUAAUUUAAAACAUAGAUUACAAUAAUUUCUAACAUUAUUCAAAUGUUUCCAGGAACUAAAUUUAAAACUAUGGAGAUCUCUUAUGAUCCCUUAAUUAGGCUUUGUGAAACAGAAUGGAAGUCAUUGGCUUCAUAAUUAUUAAACUUUCAAUAACCAGAACCUCAUUAGAGAAUACAUCCCUUCUCCUUUCAGAAAAUAGGUCAAAGAAUAACACAAUAAACUCAUAUCAGGGAUUUAGAUUCUGGUGGGCUUUUUUUCAAACUUAUAGUUUAUACCUGUUAUACCUGUAUCUAUAGUACUGUACAAUAGGAAUUCACAUUAGGAAAAAUAAUCCUAGACAAUGCAAGAGUCUCUGCUAUUGAAAAAAAACAACAACAACAUUAAGUCAGGUUCAUUAUCAAUUCCUAAAAUUAAACAAAAUGGGCAAGUAUAUAGUAAUAUUUUCAAUACCAGGGGUUAAAAUAAAAAGCAAGAGUUCUCAUUAACCAGAACACCAUUUCCUGAGAUUUAUGAUUUUAAAAGUUUCUGUUCUAACAAGAUAGAAAGUAUGAAUGAUAUUGCUUUAUUUUGACAACAUGGAAAGUAUGUUUUUCUUUUUAAAAUAAAUUCCAUAUUUUCUUGAUAUUUUUAAAAUAAAUUCUUAUUAAGAAUUAGUCUGAAUUUUACCAUAGUUGGAAUUUAUAAUUCCUAAGAAUUAAAUUUUUAAUUAUUUUUAGAGCUCUGUUCUUCUCUACACUUACAGCCAAACUGAAAAGUCACUGUAUGGUAUUUGGGAACAUAUUUAACCUAUAGAGAAAGAAUGUCAACAUUUCAAAUGGUUUUCAGUAAAUACAGAUGCUUUAUUUUUGUUUUUAUGUAUUUUUACUCAAUCUUAAUCUGCAAAGUGUUUGAGGCAAUAAUUUUACACAUUGUCAUUUCUAAAUCUUCUUUAAAGAAACCUGGUAACUACAUUAACUCUACCACUAACUCCUGCUGUGUGAUGUUGGACAAAUCACUACCCUUCUCAGUUUCUCAUCCUUAGAAUGAAGGAUUGGGAUUGCCAGUGAUUUUCAAGCUUUUCUUAACAGCAGGACUUUUUUCUACUAAAGUUGCACAUGGAAUUCUGUUAGACAAAACAGUUCAAAGCCAUGAAUGAGUUCCUUCAGCAGUUUAAAUCUGUGCCCCCCCCCCAACCAACACUAUUUAAACACCAUCAUAACAUAUCAACAAUCUAUAAAAUUUUUCCCACCUCUGAAGUUCCAUGAUUCUACUAGACUCAGAUGGAUCCACUUGGGGGGGUUCAUAAGAAAACUUGUACAAUCACAGUGAUUGACUGAUGUAUAAUAAAAAUUUAUACUUAUUGGAGUGCUUACCAUAUACCAGUCAAUAUAGAUAUUAGCUCAUUUAAUCCUUAUAUCAACCCAAAUGUUGUAGGUACUCUUUUUAAUUCCUAUUUUACAAAUGAUGACAUUGAGGCUUAGAUUAAUUAAUUUGCCCAAAGUGACACUGAAGCUGGAAGUAACCCAGUUAUCUUGACUGCAGAGGGAGCCGCUGGCCAGUUUUGCUUGUUCAUUCUGGGAAAUAAAUUCUACAUAUUCCAUUUGAAUCCCAAGGUUAAAAGGUGCUAUGAAAAAUUAGUAUCAAAAUAUGGGUAAUUGUAAUAGCAAAAUUGUUGGAAAAGAGUAUGUUUCUCAAAUUAUGACUUUUGGACUGUUUGCAUUAACAUUCAUUUAAAGGACAAUGAUUUUGGCUCAGUCACCACCACAUCCCCAGAGCUUAGAAGAUAGUAGCACAUCAAUAAGUUUACAUUGAAUGAAUAAAUCUCUAGGGAUACUAUUUAGUAAUAUGUAUUUUGACAAGCACCCAAAUUUUGAGAAUCACUGCCCUAAUAGGUCUCUGAGGUCCUUCUUAGUUAUGACAUUUUAUCAGAUUUUAGACAUUAACUGUAAGUCAAAUAUCACUUUUCUAGUGAGCUUAUUUUUUCACUCAGUCCAUUUAACUUUCUCCAAUCUUAAAAAAAAAAAAAAAAGAUUCAGGGCUUUUUCUAGAGUUGCUUAGAGUUCUCCUGUUAUGCUAUCUCUGUGUCAAAGUGGCUUGAAAUUCAUUCUCUCAUUUUCAUAUUUCUGUCCUUUUCAUCAAUGUCUUAAAAGACUAAGAGAAACUGUAGGGAGACUGCAAGUUCUCACUCAUUGCAAAUACAAAGUCCUAAUAAAUGUCCUCCUCCUUGCAAGAGACACUCAGACAGAUAUGUAACUUGUGAGUUGACCCUAUUUAUUUUGUACGUCUUUGAACUGGAUGCUGUAUAAGCAUGGACUGGUGUCAUUCUAUAGGAGUUGCACCAACCAUUUUUAUUUUUCCUUUAUUUUUUUUUUCCGAAAUAACCACACUGUCAAUUAAAUUUGAAUGACACAGUAAAAUGUGCAGAUAUCUACUAAGAAGAUGAGUUGUGGAGUUUGCUAUUUUUUUAAGCCUUCUUUUUCCUUAGAUUAUGCAUUAAGCAAAAUCCCAUUCAGUUUAAAAAUAUUCAUUUUGCUACAUGGUUUUUUGACCAGCAAUUUUUUUCAAUGCAAGUAUAAUUUUGUUAUGAUAUCAAAAGGUGGGUGAUCUCUAAAUAUUGCUUCAAAAGUUAAUAUAAGUAAAAAUGAUGUUUCCUUGAAAUAAGUCAAAUUAAAUUGUUGAUACAAAUGGACAAAUCAAUCUAUGUUACAUUGAUUAAAGAGUGUUCCGAUGAUCCCCCCCCUCCCCACUACCUUUUACUAUGUGCACUUCUGUCUUGAGGCUUUAUUGGAUUUUCCUGCUUCUUUUGUGGGUUUUUUUUUUUCCAUUUAGCAAACAGCAUCUAAAUGCCAUUCCCUCACUCAUGAAUUAAACAUGGACGCCAUUACAUUAUAUUUUGUGCAUGGAGUGUAUGGAGGAAAAAUGAGGUAGGAGUCCUAUAUUUAAAUCUCCAAAUAUUAAAAAACAAACAACAAACGAAAACCCGCUAGCUUUUCUUUAUGUCAUUGCUUUGAUGUUCUGUCGUCUUCUGUAGGCUAGAGUUGCAAUUUUAAUAUCUAAUUCAAACUGAAAUAUUCUUCUUGAAGGAAUGUCAAAUUUUCGGGUCUAUUAAGGUGAUCAUGGUCAUACUUCUUCAUUAUCCCUCAUGUUUAAUAUCUGAUUUCUAUCUUCAACGAGUAUUCUUGUGAGAGAAAGGCACCUCCUUAUUGACAUUCACCAUAAGUAUAAUAAUUUAUUCUCCACGUAUAACUUCUAAAGUUAUUUUUCCUUUGACUUAUAGUAUUUUUGAUUGUCUCCUUCUAUCCCUAGGAUAGUAGAUUGCUUGUUCUAAAUACAUCUUUAAGCUUAUAAGAACAGAUGUUUCAAUGAGAAGCAAAUAUAUUUUUAUGUGUCACUUAAUGCCUGAAAGAAAAAUAAGUAAUGGAAACUUCUACUGCAUUCACCUAUAUUCCAGUAUUUUCCAAAUUGUGUCCUGUCUACUGGUUCUGACAAAUGUUCACAGUGGCCUGCGAAUACAUGAUCCUAUGUCAUAGUCCCCACCCCUCGGACAUUGAUAAUAAAGGUCAGUGUUUUAAUGAAGCUUAAGAAAGUUAUUAAAUCACAAGAACACUUUUUUUUCCCCAAACACACCUUGAAGAAACUUGAGAAAAGUUUUCUUUUUAACACCAGCUUACAUAUCCUUCAAGGACUGCAAAUAAUACAACCAGGAAUGUUUUGAAAGGAUGCUUCUGGGUCUUUGAAAAAUCCCUACCAUUUCAAAUCAAUUAGUAUUUAUUUUAAGUUUCAUUAGUAUAUCUUAGUGAAUUUAACUUUAUCCCCUAAAAUAUUCAAAAUAAAACAAUGAAGUUGUUUUAGUAUAUUAAUUUUUUAAGUAUCAUGUUUAAGGUCUGUACUAAUGACCAGCACAUCAGGCUGCCAUCUGUUGAAAACAAUCCAAAUUCUUUACAGAGUGGAAUUACUGCUAAUGGACAACCUUUGAUAAUAUUUUAUUAAACAGCUUUAAGAAAUUGAAUCAUGAUAUCUCAACACUGACAGCAUUUUUACAUAAUCUUGUUAGAAACUAUAUAAAAACGUUUUUUUAAAUGAGAGGGAUACAUUAUUUAGCAAGGAUUUUGCAGAACUGUACACUCUAUUAGUAAGCAUUUUCCAGUUCUUUUUUUGCUAUGCUUUAUUUUGAAAUCAAUUGUUUUUACUCAAAAUCAGCAAAAUUCCUUUAAAAAAAUUCCUGGACAAACCGAUUCAGAAUAAAGCUGAAAUCACUUUACACUUCCCUAAAUAUAGCUCAAUUUUUAAUUCAUUCAGAGUUUGUGAAUCAGCUUGAUAGAUGACAAGCCAUUUAUCAUUUUAAAAUAUUACAUCGAAUGAGUGUAUCAUGUGAAUGUUAAUUCCAUCUCAUUUGUUCAGCUGUAUAUUACUUCAUUGACAUUUUCUCCACCUUUUGUCUUUUUUUGGCAAAACUAAUGCUUAGUGUUAUUCAUACAUACAUCAUUACUUUAAACUAUUUUAAAUAAUACACCAAAUAACUAUCGCUGGGAUCACUGUCCCAAGGUCCAAAGCCAGAUUGUUUUCUUUUCCUUGUGAGAGGUGAUAGGAUGAUAAUUAUUAUAGCUGUGCUGGUUUUGCAGGUCAGUAUUGAAUUCUUGCUUUGUUAAAUGGAUGUGCAUGAAAGAGAUUGGCUCCUGUCUGAUCUGUUUCUCUCUCAAUUUAAGAGAGUUGGAAAAUUGCUGUUGAAUACAUUUUCUGGAAAAAGCCAAGUGUUGGUAUGAUGAUAUGCUAAUCUUAUCUACGAGUAGAGUUUCACUACAGGCUAAGCAGUCAUUUAUAGAGCUGGCUUUUUUUUAACUGUUUGAAUAUUGUUGGGUUUCAAUAUACAAUUUUUUUUUAAUUUUUCACUUUCCGUACGAAAAAAAAUCUAUGAAUGAAAUGAUCAGAUUUUAAUGUUCAUGCCUACUAAGUGUCAUCCAUUUUUUUUUUUUACUUUAACAAUAAGAGAGAUUAGGAAAAGAAUGUCAGAAAUUUUCCUGUGUUUCUAAAUGUAAUAAAAUUCAGUCAGUUGUCUUUCUUAAGGAAAAUGCUGUUCGUAUAUACUUGAAUUUCAGUUGGUGGUAGCCUUUAUUUAGAAUUCCCCCCAUGAUCUUUAUAGCAACAGUAAGCUGAAUUUCUUUAUGACCUGUACGGAGUAUAUAAUUUCACAAAAUUCCUUGAGCAUAAAAUAUUUAUAAAAGACAUUGUGGAUUAAAAUACUCAAGUAUAUUUUUAAAAUCUUGUUAAAAAGUUGAUGCCUGGCUCUUUUUCCUACGUGUUGUAAUUCAACAGAGAGUACUUUUAUUCCCAUAGACGUUACUGCUUUGUCUAUGAUGAAAGCUUUACUGCUUCUGCGCUGUGCUCAAGAAGAGAAACAGCAAAAGAAGCAAGGGCUGGCUGCAGCAAAGCUCGCUGUUGAGCAAUGGUGACGUGAAUGUGUAGUACUGAUUUAUUGAAGAUAAUCAUGAGAACAUUUUAACGUUACUUGCCUUAUGAGUUAGAAAAGGUGUGGAUAUCAUUUUUUUUGUAAAUAAUGAUUUUUACAAAUGUUUUUUCUGUCAUAAUUUUCCCGAUCACCCAUUUCACAAAUCCUGAAUAUGCAAUUAUUUAUCAUGACACAUUACUGCAACAAGCGUUCCCGUUUCAGAACAAAGUUUAAUUAUACAUGAGAUCAAGAUGAAAUAUCUGAGUAAGUUGUUAUUUACAUGUGAUUUUUUUUUCUGAAAAAUAAAUGAAAACUCUAAAAAUAAA